CGGCUCCUAAACCGUCUCUGUAAUAGUACGCGGUUCCUACCCUGCGACCGAGCAGUCCUCUGUUCGCAGUAGUACUACUGCUGACGAAGACAGAGACACGAGCGGUGGCGGGGCGCUGUGUGGCUUUUGUUCGGGAUCUUCUCGUGCUCCGACAGUAGCUGCUGCUGCAAUGGUGAUGGUGGUAAAACAAGGCAGGAGUAGCUGUGUAUGAAAAUACGGUAUCUGGCGGCAAGACAGUGGGUAGAAGGCGGCCAACACGAGCUGUUUUCCAAGGGGACACCACGGCACAUGCAAAGAACACUCGCCAAUUAUUAAAUAAAAUAAAAUUAACUAAUGGAUACAUCGCGAUUUUAAAAAAAAAAUCUGAACUCGAGGAAUUGUGAAACCAAAUAAGAACCAACGAUUUCUUCGACACGAAGUGAAAUUUAAAGUAAAAGUGUGUUUUAUUUAAGUGUGGGUUUCCAUUAAUUUAAAAUGUCGCCACAUAUGUUCUUGUGAGUGUCUGCAACGUGCUACAGAAGGGGGCGUGGUUUGUGUUCGUUACUAGACAUCUUAUAAAGAAAGGGAGGCGUGUUCCAUCGAAAUAUCGAACCAGAAGAAUCAAGGAUAUGUUAGGAAGUGAAAAAAUAGGCUCCGAAUUAAUAACCUCUUUCUUUCGAAAUAUUCCUUAAAAAUUGGGACAAACUCGGUACCAGAGGAGAGAGGAAACAAUUAUUCCUUUAAAAAUAUCGAACGUGAAGCACCAUGUCUCAUACAACCAGAUUAGGCACCAUGACCAAAGUCAGAGCAGUAACCCCAGCUCGACCGUCCGGAUCAACUAUGCUCACCCCGUUACUAUCCAUCAACAGCAUGUUCGUUAUCACGUUUUCUUAUUCGCCGACUGUACUAAACCCGACUCUCCUGUUCUGUAAACAUCCCAGAAGAAAUUUGGAUUAAGCAGGGCCUCUCCCACAACCGGACUUCACAGAAGGUAAAGACUAACAGAAGGAAAUAGUAUUACAGAACAGCUGAUGGAUAUGCCGACAAGGUUUCUUCACGUGACCACGUGGAGUAGGACUCGUAGUUGGCGGUCCUUGUGUGACAAAGUGGUGUUCCUAGUGAUUGUAUUUAUAUUGGUAGUUUUAUCAGGGUCUUGCACUGAUAACAGUGUGUUCGUUACCGCUGCCCCAUUCGGCAGAGCGACGCCUUCCGGAGGAAUAAGAUCUGGAAGUGGUGGAGUUUCUAAGUCAUGUCCUGAAGAAGAUGUUGGGGUCAAAACGUACUUAGCCCAAACUGUGUUUGAGGGGAAAGCUAGAUCCAGGAGUCCAGUCCGGGACGGUGUGUACAACGUGACAUUUGUUGUACAGAAGGUCCACAAGGGUUUGGACCCCAGGUUUUUACGAAGUCCAGUGAGGCUACAGUUUGCUGAAAAGGCAACAGCAAGUAAUAAUAAUUUUCAGAAAUGUAAUGACGAAGGAGAUAAGAAUAGUGUUAUGAGAGCGAAUAUAAAACGUGGAGGGAAGUACAUUGUGUUUGUUGAUAAAAUUGAACAGCAUAUUUUCAAAGCCCGUGGAGAACCUGUCAAAAGAAACGAGAAGACUGUCAAAGCCGUCAAGGACAUUCUCUGCCAGAACUGUGUGCGACCACCAUCUAUCACCGGACUUCACGACAUUUCGCUGAAACCGAAAGAGAAGCUGAAUCGCGUAUGUCGAGUCAAGGGGAACCCGCUCCCUGUAAUACAGUGGUACAAAGACGGCGUCCGGGUACUGCCUUCAAGAAAAAUUAGGAUACAUACAAAAAAGAGGCGGUCCACACUUCUGAUUCCAAAGGUGAGACCUGAGGACGCAGGUCUGUAUAGAUGCGAAGCAAAGAGUGUCAUUGGAGUCAUCGCUAACAUGACAGCGAGAGUCACAGUCAUUUCAGACACAAGGCCAGAAAACACGACAACGUUAUGGCCACUGUACGGAAUGCCGUGUCCAGUAGAGACAUUUUGCCUGAACGGGGGCACGUGCUUCUAUUACGAGACCGUGGGAGAGCUAGUCUGUCAAUGCGCGGACGGUUACAAGGGCCAGCGCUGUGAGAAUAAAGACGUCUCCAACCGUGGGAAGCGUAGAAGAAAUUGCAGCAGCAGGAACAUGGAGUACAGAGCCCGCCAUCAUGGUGGACUGUGUGCCCCCAGACCCGCCGCACCCCUGGUGGAUGUUCGUCACACUACUGCAUGGAUGGCGGCGCAGAGGCCUCUUAGGGACACGUGGCGAAGAGAAUUUAGUUGGUUUACCUAGUCCUCAACCCGGAGAUACCGCAGUGCCGAAUUUUAUUAACAGUAAUGGAUCCAGAGAACGAAACGAGGCCUAGGUCUGAAGCUACAAUGUCAUCAAAUCUGCGAGGCUCACCAGCCAGCUACCGAGUCAUCUGCCCUUGAUGGGGACGAGUCUACGGUCGCCAAGUAAUCAGAACGAAAUAGAAUAUUAUGUAAACCGCAUAGAACACUUUGAAUGGGUUGUGAAUAAUUGCUUCUUUUUAAAUAAUCGCUUUACGUAAUUUAUCUAAAUUAUUAUAGCAGCCAUAGGGGAGAGAUUAACUAUGCAAAACGACUCCUACAUGAGACUUUUGUUUAUAAUUUUGUAUUUAUCCUUACGAGUGUAACAUUACCAACUAACACGAGUAAUGUUUGUGUUAAUGAAGGAUUAAGACUGAUCUAUUUUAAACAUGUCUGCCGUAACUCAAUGUUCUUACUUGACUCCACCCCCUCACUAAAAGUAUUUUAGUAUCAAUUUAAAUAGCCCCGAGUUAGAUGCAGGAGUUAGAAUCUUGUUUCCUUCAACAAUACACUUAAUUCAUUUUCUAACAGGAAUUUCAUUUAUCGGCAUCCUAACAUAACGCCCUUACGGUAUUAUAACCGGCCACCACAUUGAACGAUUCAAGCCUAAAACUUCAUAUAAUGUCAAUAAAAAAUGUCUGUAGUCGUGUAAGCAGUGUAACAUAUUCCUGGUCAGUGUAGAUCCUUCGAGGAAAUUUAGAAUUAUUGUUUGUGUCACCGAAUAUGAGACACGUUUACAGCCGUAAUAAAAAUCGUAUAUACAUGUGUCCCAGAAACGUAACCAAACUUAUGUAUUCAAUUAUAAAAAAUAUAUAUAUAUUUGUGUGACAUGAAGUGAGGUUAUUAUCGAAAGCUUGGGACAUUAUUAAUAUUGUUGUAGAUUAAGUUCUACUUGGCUAUGUACUUUGUACAAAGUUCAGGUGACGUUUCUGAGACACUCCGUAUUAACGACCAUUCGUACUUUCAUUGCGGUCCAUAAGAGUGUUUUGCACAGUCAAAUGCUUCCCAAGUGCCGCAUGUAGACAAGACAGAGUUCUAUAACGUGGUGAUGAAGAUUAAGAAGAACUAGAACGGAACAGUGUGUCAAUUCUAUACACUCAAAAGCAAAGGAAGAAAAGUUAUAUGAUUGAAAUCAAAACAAGUAAAAAUUGCUUUGAACGAGUUCUCAGGGGAUGCUUACAGGACGUGCUUUUACUGUGCUUGGGAGCAAAACUAAAUGCCUGUAAUAAUAUUUAACAGUUCAUAUAGAUUAUCAAUUUUAGUGUGAAUCGAAAUAGUAUCGUUAUUCUAAGUCCACGGAAACAAAAAAAUAAUAAAAAUAAAAAUCAUACCAAAGACUAAUAUUAAUAAUUUAUGAAGAAGCGUCUUUAUUUUAUGUGAUGUAAAUGAAAGGAUAUUGUUAACAAUACUAUUCUUAACUUGUUUCAAAUAACAUAUAAAAUUGUCUUCUGUUCUGCCUUUCAACACCCAAAACACAAUAAAACAAUUCUUUUUUUAUUCUGAAACACGUAUAGGGAAUUGGUGUUGGGGAGUUAAACACAGAACAAUUAAUCUUCAUGAAGUCAACAUCCAUUUGCAAAUAAUAUAAGAGAGAAAAUGUGAUAGUUUACACAACGUAUACAUGUAACAAGUUGUGUUAUAAGGGACAGAAAUCUCAGUUAUUUCAUGUGGUAGAUAAUUUCGAAAUGUUUUGAAACUCUUCUUAGUACAGUAGCCCUGUACUUUUGUUAGAUGUUUUAACUUUAUAAACUAUGUAAGUCACCCGCCGAUAAGUAGUUCAGAUUUUAUUUGAGCCUUGAAUUUAAAAACGCCUGUAUGACGGUCAAUAGCUUCGAAACCAUGGCUUAUUUUUCACCAGCAACUAAUAUUCGAAACAAUAAUAAUAAUAACUUAGAUUAAUAAUAGUAAUAAUAAAUUCUCUCACGAAAAUACUUCCAGCGAUCAAGCAGCCAUUAAAUUUGUGAGUUUUAUGAAACACCCUAUUUUAAAAAUAUAAACUACACAUUUCAGCACCUGUUUAGAUUAGUAUUCUAUCAGCCUUACAGCAUCCAAAGUAGUAGCUUACGUAAACAAAACAAAUUGUAUGCAUUGGGCAUCGUUCUUCAAAUUCUGUAAAUUCAAUAAUUUAGACAAAAGAAGUAGUUGGAAUAAAAUUGUGCUCAGCUAAAACAAAACAUUCCGUAAUUUCCUUACUAUUGGCAGUUUCAGAGUUAUGUAAAUGCAACAAAUAUAAGCUCUCAUACAAAACGCAGGCCAGACUAAAUAUAUUGUGUACUACAACUGAAUAUUUCAGAAAUAUUUUUUCAAUGCAAAUAAAUUUCGUAAUAAAAGUUUUUUUUUCGAAUAUCUGUUACCAUACAUCAUACCAGAAAUCUAUACUGAGUGUCACUAAUGUCGUUCCCACCUCAUAAGUUCGUGCUUACACCAUUUUUUAUUACAGAUUGCAGGAAAUUAAAAAAUACGAGUUUGGGACAGCUUCCAAUUGCAUAGCGUCCAUUCCAAAUUUUAACAAAAUCCGUCAAUCGGCCUUCGGGUUCUAAUUUGAAGACAGGCAAAUACGAUCAGCCCUUUGUGUGUUCAUUUUGUGCACAUCGUGAACAGAACGCAUAAUAACGAUUACAACGUUCAUACAAAAGCAUGGAAUUACAGAACAGAUCCAAUAAAUUCAGAAUAUGGUGUAAGAAGGUUUUCCACUGUUACAACUACGUCGCUACAGAAGCUCGUCAGAAAUGAAAUGAAACGAAAUAGAGAUGAUUUAAGAUGGAAUAUUACACAGAAACAUCAUUUUAAAUUGUCGUAAUUUGCUUCAUAUUUCCUAAAUGGAUCGUCAAAGUGUAUCACGAGUUGAAUGCAAUAAUUAAACAAUUCUAUUCAAUAAAAAUAUAGAUAAUGUAAGGAAAUAACACACAAAAUAUUCCAUAAAUGCAAAUAAUGACUAUGGUAAACUGUCGUGAUGUGCUAGAAAAAUGUUUCUCAAACACCUGGGGUGUCCACGAGUUGAUCCUACUCGAUUUUUUAAUGUUGCAUCGCUGAACGUUUUCAGCUUGUAUUCAUCACAACUCUCACUUUCACGUUGGGAUAAAAACAUGGCGAAAAAAUUAUACCUUCUAUCUAAGCAUUAGUCUAUAUUCUGCUUAAUUAAAAUUUAAGGGAUAAUAUUUUGGAGGGGGUCCGCGGGACUAAACAAAUUUGAGAAAAAACGUAUCUAGAAGACCUCUGUUCCAAAAAGUAUGAAUUUAAAUUCACUUCAUACAGGAAUUUGUCUGUCCCUAACUAGAAAUGUAUAUAUUAUAUCUAUAGACGUCCAGCGAUAAUUAACGUGCGCCAUAAUUAUUUAAUCCUUAUCUCAUAAGUAUGUUGGACAAUCAAUAUAACCACAUACCAAGUAACAGUUUUAUUAUAACUUUUAUUUAUACCUCACAAAAUAUUGCGUUUUCAUGCAGUUAAUCUUACCUUUGAAGCCAAAGCUCGUCUAAAUAUUAUUUAAAAAAUUCAAUUCGUAACUCACAUAAAAUACAUUAAUCCUUAAAAAUAUGACACGAGAAAUAAUGGCUGUUUACUCUCACUACGUAGGCAAAAUGCAGCAUAAACGAUUAUUAGACUAGGCGGUAUACGUAAAUGCCACUGGAUUUUGAGGGGUCAAAUAGAUCCCAGUAGUACGAUCGAAUAUAUCCGUACACUCGUGCACAGACAGCAGCUAGUCACUUAUGGUUAGUAAUUAAUAAUUACAAUUUAUUCAUUAGCGUAAGAUAGAGGUACAAGUACAUGUUAACGAAAGUAAUUAAUAUUCUAUUAAUACAUGUGGCAGCCUAAUAAAUUAAGAGUUAACGCAUUCAUAGUCUAGGCUUCCAAAUAAAAAUAGGCUAAUUAGAAAGUGUAAUAUGUAAAGCAAUCUUACGAUAAGAACCAUGUGCGCUAUUGAUCGGGCCUAGUAGAAGUAUUGAAGAAGACUUAAUUACAAUAUCACAUUUCGUAGAAAGUGAGCAACCCGUUUUUACAUUCAAGGGCUCAAAUAAGAAGACAGUAUAAAUAUUAAACAACACGCGAUAACAUCUAAACGCUAAUUUGCAAAUUUCAGACUUUCUUAGGACAUUACACCGAAAUAUAAAAACAAUAUUCUGCAAAAAUUAAAAUAAGUUUUGUGGAAAUAUAAUUAAAACGUGGAAUUAAUUGCAUCAAAAGUAUAUCAUUCAAUGGCAUCAACGUAUUUUCGCAUCAAUUUGUUUCCAAGAAAGCCUGAAUUGCAAACGAGUUUCAGAAAUUGACCGAAUAAAUUCAGGAAGGAACCUGAGGGCAUAGUGUUCUUUGUUUUGUGUAUUUAAACGCUUUUAGUAUGAAACACUAUUUAAUCGUACACUAGUUCCUCGUCUUUUUUUCUUUGUACAGUUAAUCACAGUUCUACUGAGUGUUACGUUAUUGAGCUACAUAUGUAAAGGUAGCUGCAUGAACUGUGAAUUAAACAUUUCAUAACAACCGUAUAUAUUUCAAGACAAAGUAAAAUACAUUUCAGUACUCAACUAACGAAUCAAGUUAAAUAUGGAAAUAAAAAAAAUAUAGCAGAAUAUGUAAAUAUUACGUCAUAAAAUCUCGUUUUAUAUUGUAAAAUCUAUUAUGUUGCAGAAAUUAUUGUAAAUGUACACAAAUGCUUCAAGAAGCUAAGGAAAUAAUAGUGCCAAGAAACAGAUAUUUGUAUUUAAAAAGUUAUCUAGUUUAUAUACAUCUGAAUCGCAUUUGUAAAUAAUGAAGUAUGUUGUGAUGUGCUUUGAGUAUAACAUCGAUAGAAUCUCACUCUUGCGUCACCAGUUAAAAUAUCCAGACCUUUAAAUAUUUUUGUCGUUAUAUUGGAAGUUCUGAUUUAAAUAUUUUCAAAUAUACAGCUCUCAUAAAUAAUUAUUUGUAUUAAUUAUCAAGAGAAUAAUACUGAACCCUUAAUUACUAUUUCAGUGUCAAUUAAAAUUUUGUACCGAAUUAUAUUUGACGAUUAUCAUUAUGAGCUGGACAAAAUGACUCACACGUUUUUAACCAUUUGAAAUCAAUUAUUUGAUAUAUUUAUGUUGUGCAACAUUUUGCAUACAUUAAAUUAUGAACAUGUAUUUACUCUUAUUUAAUAUUUGAUAAUGGACGUACGUGUUAGAUCACUGAGGUCUUUUCGUCCAAUGGCAAUAGUUUCUUUGACGCUUUCAUCACAUCAGAAAUGUUAAGAUUUGUUAAAAAUAUUAUAUUCUCACCAGGGCUCCUAAACCACGUAUGACAUAACUCUAUGCAAACUGGAACAUUUAUGUAUUACAAUUCAAUCCUAAAUACGUAUUUACAGCUUGUCUAAUUUAUCAUGAGUCCGGGUCCCGUACGAUGUUACAGCAGGUUUCCUGCGUAGAGGAGCAGGAGAAGCCGAUAAUUCGCCGCCCGUUUUUCCCGUACAUUACGACCUACGUUAGUUCAAAGGAGAGUCUCGAAAUGCCGGUUUCUAUGCAUGCAUCAUGUAUCUAAAAAAAGCCUCUAAACACACGGCAAAGUUGUCUUGCAAUAACGGAAAUGUUUUGCCUAGUACUUUCUUUCUGUUCUCGUAGUGAAUAGAAAUUAUUAACAUAAACUUUAUAUUUGAAUGUGCCCCAUAAAUCUAAGUCACAAUGAUCUUAUUUCGGGUGAUAGGGAAAAUCACAGUCUUUCACUUAUCAAUCGCUCACCAAAAACUUCAGCUAACGUAUUCCAAUUUUUAUUAACUGUGUGGGCUGUGGCAAGGCCUAGCAUGAAAUUUUCCGAUGUUUUUUCGUCUUCAGCCAAUUCCCCAAAAAAAGGUAAUCAGAAUUUAUCUUACAUAACGUUAGCUUGCCGAACUCAGAUUUCAAGGUCAUCGGUCUCAUGAUAAACUAGAGUCCUUGGAAAACAAGCUAUACGCAAUGUAAC